UUCCAGGCACCUCCUUGGACGCCCGUGGCCUGGAAAAGGCGCUCAGGAGGAGGCGGGAGGCUCGUCUAGGGGCUGCCCGCCCUGCAGCGCGGGUUUGAUGGACCUGACCGCCCCGGGCAGCGGCGCUGGCUCCCUGCCGCUGCUCCUGGCCCUGGGUCUAGUGAUCCUCCACUGUGUUGUGGCAGAUGGGAACUCAACCAGAAGUCCUGAAAAUGAUGGCCUUCUCUGUGGAGAUGCCAGAGAAGAUUGUGCAGUGGGCGGUCUGGAGAAUGUCUGUGGAAUCCACCCGUGUCUUAGGUCCUGCUUGUGUAGUCUUGUCAUCCAUGUAGGGAGAAGAACAAGGUCAACUUUAUGUGUUUUUACCACCACACAAUCAAAGUGGAAUGACUACUUCUCUCCAUGCCCCAAGAAAUAUGAGCAUUACUGCAUCAAUGGGAAAUGUCGCUUCGUGGGGGCCCUGCAGACACCCUCCUGCCUCUGUGAUGAUGGCUACGCUGGGGCGAGAUGUGAGAGAGUUGACUUUUUUUACCUGAGAGGAGACACAGGACAGAUUCUGGUGAUUUGUUUGACAGCAGUUAUGGUGACAUUGAUCAUUUUGGUGAUUGGUGUCUGCACAUGCUGUCAUCCCCUUCGAAGGAAAAAGAAAGAAGAUAUGCCAAAUCUUGGUAAAGAUAUAACUCCUGUAAAUGAAGAUAUUCAAGAGACUAGUAUUGUUUAAUGCUUGCUCUUUUUUGUUUCCUACAGUCUCUGAAGGUACCUCCAGG